AUGGGCGCAGUCAUAUCAUGUAUUGAGAGCGUGUUCGGUGCAAUCGGAGGGUGCAUCAUGGCCGUGCUGAACGCCAUCGGCUCCAUCAUCAUGGCCAUCAUCAACGGAAUCGUGGCCGUCUGUGCGGGCAUCAUCAACUGCAUCACGUGCGGGAAGUGUGGCAGCGGGCGGCGCAAACAUACGAGUGCUGUGUGA